AUACGGAUAAAAACCCAGAUUUUCAAGAUCUUUCAAUACUUCUUUUCCGAAGAUCCUCUCUAAUUCUCUGCGUUCUCACACAGUCCUCCAACAAAUCACGUGUCAAAACAAUAGGUCACAUGACCAAACAGCUUCCUCUCACGCGUCUUCAGUUCAAACUCGCACUUUGUCAGAACACACACGUGGAAAGGUGUCCGACAGCGGCAGUAAACGGAAUGGCGGAGACUGAUGCGAAUAAAUUGCUGUUGUCUGCGGCAGCGAAGGGCUGGAUUGGAGGCGUCAAAAGGGCAUUGGAAGCUGGUGCAGACAUUGACUUUGACCAGUUUGACGGCUGGAACUCGGGUGAUAGCACAACCUUACCACCAUGCACGGCAUUGUUCAUCGCUUGUCUCAAGGGGCAUGUGGAUAUAGUGAGACUGCUGCUCCGCAAGGGGGCGUCUUUGGUGAAGAGAACCAUGGGCGCAUCGGCUCCCCUUCAUGCUGCAGCGUCCAAUGGGCAUACAGAGAUAGUUGAAAUGCUGGUGCAGCAUGGUGCAACAGUAGACAUACAGGACGGCUUCUACGAUACAGCAAUCAUGGUGGCAUGUCGCCACAAACAUAUCGACACAGUUCGGCGACUGAUUGAGUUUGGAGCAAGGCCUGAUUUGACAGAUGGUUAUAUGACCCAGAGGUUGUGGAAAGAGGUCGAAAACUGUGACUCUGUGGAAGAGAGUGUAAAGCUGGUACAAGACGCAAUCGAGACCAAGCUGUUGAGAUGCUGCAACCCAAAGUGUGGCAAACCAGGCUACAGGAAAACCCUGAAGCUGUGUGGCCGGUGCAAGCUGACCCGCUACUGCAGCCGUGACUGUCAGAUACAACACUGGUCUGUAGGACACAAGAAGUGAUGUGGGCAUGACGUGUACUCUGAAGAACGACCAGACGGUCUCCAAUUGGCGAAGAAAUUUCUACUGUACAUAGAAGAACAUGAACAACAUGAGCAACAAACAUGACUCUUGUAUAAAACAUUGGAUAUGAAGCGAUACCACUACAGCCAUAAUCAUUAUAGUUUACAUGUCACAAGCUACAAUCACUCAAGCACGUAGCCCUAUCUUACUAUGGACAUGAUUCAGUUGUCUUCGAAGUAAAUGAUGUCCAAAAGGUCACUCUACGUUUCAUCGAUGUUCCUAGUUUAUCUAGUAAAUCAAACACCAUGAAGGAUUCCGUAUGAUGUAUGAAUGUAAGAAGAUAGACAGUGAAAAGGUUUGUUGUAAAGUGUAGUUUUCUUGUUUUCCACGCGUAUAUUCUAUCCAAAUGUCAUGUUUUAAUUUUCAUUUGCUAAUCUUAUAGAAGUUAAGUAAAGACGUUGAAGUGUAACACGGAAAGUAGGAUUUUUACGAAGCCUCUUUGUAAAUUAGCCUAUUUCCCUAUAUCUGUUGUUAGAUAAAAUAUCGUAGAAUAAAGUCAUGUGUAACGCUUUA